AUGGCUACCUCUAAGCCUCAGGAGAAUAUGCUUUGGGGAGGGCGAUUCACUGGCGGAUUGGAUCCGCUGAUGGUGACUUACAACGAGUCUAUUCAUUUCGACCGCACGAUAUAUGCACAGGAUAUCAAGGGUAGCAUUGCCUACGCUAGAGCCAACUCGAAGAUCGGCAUUCUUACAGCUGACGAAUUCGCUGCCAUUGAGAAAGGCUUCCAGCAGGUUCUGAAGGAAUGGGAAUCCAACACGUUUGAAAUCAAACCUGGAGUCGACGAGGACAUUCACACAGCAAACGAGAGACGGCUGGGUGAGAUCAUAGGCACUGGCGUAGCAGGAAAGCUACACACUGGCCGUUCGAGGAACGAUCAAGUUGCGACCGGCAUGCGACUGUGGCUCCGAGACCAGCUCCGACUGCUCGACGAACAUCUCACAGCUCUGCUUCGGACACUAAGUGCACGAGCCAAAGCCGAGAUUAGUGCCCUGAUGCCAGGAUACACUCACCUCCAGCGUGCUCAACCCAUUCGUUGGUCACACUGGCUACUCAGCUACGGGACUGCUUUCGCGAACGACCUCGAGCGCUUACGACAGCUGAUACCACGCGUGAACAAGUCACCUCUCGGUGCUGGUGCAUUGGUAGGCAACCCCUUCGGCAUCGACCGAGCCGCAAUCGCGAAGGAGCUGGGCUUCGACGGUCUUAUCAACAACUCGAUGGCCGCAGUAGCAGAUCGAGACUUUGUGGUAGAGACACUACAAUGGGCCAGCAUGCUCAUGACGCAUAUUUCAAGAUGGGCAGAAGAUCUUAUCAUCUACAGCACAGCAGAAUUUGGCUUCGUUCGUCUAGCAGAUGCGUACAGCACAGGCUCAAGUCUCAUGCCGCAGAAGAAAAAUCCAGACUCUCUUGAACUACUCCGUGGGAAAUCCGGUCGAGUUUUCGGCACCAUGUGUGGUCUUAUGAUGAGUGUCAAAGGACUACCAAGUACAUACAACAAGGACUUACAGGAAUCAUGGGAGACAAUGCUCGACGGCGUUAAGACUACCUCUGACUCAAUACAAAUAGCAACAGGCGUGUUGUCAACACUUACGAUCGUCCCAGAAAAGAUGCGCUCCGCACUAUCACCUGACAUGCUUGCGACAGACCUGGCAGAUUACCUUGUCCGCAAAGGAGUGCCUUUCCGAGAAACUCACCAUAUCUCUGGUCGGGUCGUGGCUUUGGCUGAGAGCGAAGGAGUGCCGAUGGACAAGCUGUCAUUGCAGCAGUUGCAGGAAGUUGACGCCAGGUUUGGCAAGGAUGUGAUGCAGUGUUUCUCCUACGAAGAGUCGAUCAACAAGCGCACUGUGAUCGGUGGAACGAGUGAGCAGUCGGUUUUGCAGCAAAUUCAGAUUCUGGAAAACAGGAAUGUUAAAAAGCAACAAUUCGCGUAA